AUGAACGCGAGAGUGGCUUUAGUCCAAAUAGCGUUCGUCGUGUUUACGCUGCUAUUAUCGGUAAGUGUUUGCUCACAGUUGACGGUGCUCGUUCGUCUCAACGAUGGUCAAAUAACGGAGGAGCUAUUAGAGGCGGAUAGUGAGAAGGACAUUAUAACAGUGGAGUUCAGGCAGACAGACGGGACUCUCAUCACAUUCCUGUCUGAUUUUAAGCGCCAUGUGAAGAUCUUUCAUGCACUGGUGCUUGGGGAGCCAGAGAAGGGCCAAUCUCAGUACCAGGCCCUCUGCUUCAUCUCGCAUUUGGAUCAUGGAGAGCUCAUCCCGAGUGAGGCCAUGGCUCGACUCAGACAGAAAUACCCUCAUGUGGUGCGAAGUGCGGACGAGAGACGCAGUGUGGAACAGUUCACUAUGAAUGCAGCGCUCAACAUGAGUCGCUCCUGGCACCUCAGUACUCAUAUUCAUAAUGUCUGCAGGGAUGCACGAGACCUGGUGUACACACGACAGCAAGAUGUCAAAUACUGGCUGGAGAAAGGAGCGGCCGGUUCAGUAUUUGACGUCUUUCCUCAGAGUUUGAAUGUGACUGACUUGCAGAGCUGCAGCUCCACAACAGACCCAUGGCAGCCCUGCGCCUGCAGUUACAGGUUAAACCUGGAGUGGUUCCCCUGUCAGCUGAAGUACUGCCGGGGCCAGGGCUCGAACCCUUACAAAUGUGGCAUUAAGAGCUGCAGCAAAGGCUACCGCUUCGACUUCUACAUGCCUCAUAAACAGCUGUGCCUUUGGGAUGAGGACAAUUAGCAGCAUCUGACAAAGGAAAUUUGGUUUUCUUAAAAUAAUGUAUUUGUUUGUUUGUGGGAAACAUUUUUGUAAGGUACUCUACAACAAUGCAAAUCUUUUUCUUAAAGAAAGGAACCAUUUUGAUAAUGAGAUUAUCUAGAAAUGACUUGUGCACUUCAGUGAUUUGGAAGAAGCUAUACAUUUUGUCUCAACAGGGAACUUUCUCUGACACGCCUUUAAUGGUAGUGAAAGAAUGGAUAUUUUGAUGUGGAUUGUCAAGCCAUUUAUCUUUUUUUACUUUUGGUCAUCACUACAAUGGUACCUCAGGGCAGGAAAUAGUUUUAUUAUAAUAAGUUGUAUGUUUAGUUCUGCUUAGGGCAGCUGUAUUGUAGCUCUUGUUUUUAUUCUGUUUAGUUUUUACGUUACUACAUUUUUGCGUUA